UUGUCACAAGGAACAAUGCUGCCCCGAUGGGAACUGUCUUUUUACCUGCUUGCUUCACUAGGCUUCCACUUAUAUUCUUUCUAUGAAGUUUACAAAGCUUCCAGAGAUUUUCAGCAUCUUGAUGGUGGUGGUGCGGGGAUUGGUGUUGGUUCUGCGAGUUCUCCAAGGCGUGGAAUACUUGACCCGACUGACUUUGAGUGGAGCUUCUGGAUGGAAUGGGGAAAACAGCGGCUUGUGCGGUUUCUGUUUGGCCACGUGGCUGUGUCUCAGCUGGCCAACGUGCUUGCAAGGAAGCACAGACCCUGGAUCCUGGGGGCUUAUGGAAUAUGGGCCUCCUGGUGUGUGCUAGGAGCCCACGGCACGGCCAUUAUCUUUCUCCACACCCUGAUCUCCUUCUGUGUAGCCCAGUUCCGGUCGCUGGUCCUCACAUGGCUCUGUUCUCUCCUCCUGCUCUCCACACUGAGGCUGCAAGAUGUGGAGGAAGUUAAGAGAGGCUGGUACCAGACAGAGAACGAGUACUACCUGCUGCAGUUCACGCUGACCGUGCGCUGCCUGUACUACACCAGCUUCAGCCUCGAGUUCUGCUGGCAGCAGGUGCCCACCGGGAGCGGCUUCUACUCCUUUCCCUGGCUGGUGGCCUAUGUCUUCUACUAUCCUGUCUUCCACAACGGGCCCAUCCUCAGCUUCCCGGAGUUCAUCACCAAGAUGCAGCGGCAAGAGUACUGCUCGCUGACGUCCAGCCUUGCCGCCUUUGCCGUGGGACUGGGUCGCCUCCUCUGCUGUUGGUGGCUGGCGGAGCUGAUGGUCCACCUCAUGUACAUGCACGCCAUCUACGGCAGCGCCUCGCUCCUGAGGGCUGUGUCGUGUUGGACCUUAGGAGGACUGGCGUUGGCGCAUGUGCUCUUCUUCUAUCUGAAGUAUUUGGUGCUCUUCGGUGUCCCAGCUCUGCUCAUGCGCCUGGACGGACUCACGCCGCCACCCCUCCCUCGCUGUGUGAGCACCAUGUUCAGUUUCACGGGGAUGUGGAGGUAUUUUGAUGUAGGACUGCAUGAUUUCUUAAUCAGGUAUGUGUACAUUCCGGUAGGCGGGUCCCAGCACGGCCUGCUGGGGACGCUGUUUUCCACCGCAGUGACGUUUGCGUUUGUGAGCUUCUGGCAUGGUGGCUAUGACUACCUCUGGUGCUGGGCGGCACUCAACUGGCUGGGAGUCACCGUGGAGAAUGCAGUUCAGAGGCUGGUGCAGACCCCAUGCGUCCAGGACAGCGUGGUCCAGUUCCUCUCCCCGCAAGCCCGCCGUCGCUUCCACGCCGCCCUUGCAUCUUGCUCCACAUCCAUGCUGAUCCUGUCCAACCUGGUGUUUCUCGGCGGCAGUCAAGUGGGGAAAAUCUACUGGAACAGGAUCUUCAUACAAGGCUGGCCAUAUGUGACCCUCUCUGUCCUGGGAUUCCUGUACUGCUAUUCACAUGUCGGCAUUGCCUGGGCCCAGACAUACUCAGUGGACUAAUGCCGCCCGGCGCACGCCAGCCCUUACUGCUGGCCUCCAAGGCAAAUGGUGCUUCACCCUGACCUCGCACACCAAGACAACCUCCAAGGAACCAGUGCGUCAUCUGCUCAUCUUUUGUUGAAGUUACCUCACUCCAAGACUGGAAGCUUGAGCUCUCAUAGAAAAUUGACAACCAGAGAGGCUUCUCACUUUGGGGACCCAGAGCUCAUCUCCCCCACCCCAUCAUUUUCCUGUUGAGUAAGCAGGGGUCCAAAGCAGUAGUAUCUUGCCCAGCUGCACAUGGUGACAUUGUGGUCUAGAACCCAGUCCCAAGGGCCCUUCAGAUUCUUUCUACUUUACCAAGAAUUAAAUGCAGUAGACAUUUCUCAACUGGAGCACAGAAGUCCUGAUUAGUGAUAAGGCCUGUUCUCCACUGUACAUAUUUCUGAAAUAUUUUACUAACAUUUAAGUGACCUCUUCCCCAUGUCCUUCAGUGUGGUCUCUAGAACCAGAACUGCGGUCUGAGCUUCACACUUCAGCUCCCCAGCAGGGAGGAGACAAAGCCAAAGUCAAGUUUCUAAUUACCCAGAAGAUACAACCUGUCCUAUGGUGUUCCAAGGGCUGGUACCUAAGGAGAUCUGUUAUUGGAACACCAUCACGGUGAUCAACAUUGGAUGCUUGUUCCCUAGAUAUCCAGAGAAGUAUAAACAUGGCAGUUCCUCUAUCAGACAGUUAAUCUUCAUUUCCCAAUAAAGAAGCAGAAUGAAGGAACCAUGAGCUAGUGCGUCCAUAGACAGGUGCUGUCAGGCUAGUGACAGGGUAAGGAUGGUUUCCUGUGGUCUUUUCUCCUUUCCACGUGAGUCAGUCUCACCAGUCAUCUUCCCACUCAGUGGUUUACACUCAGUGGUUUACAAUGUUUUGUUUUCUUUCAAAUAAAAUGGAGCCUUUUCUGUCGCACUGAUAAAUCACAUUUUUGUAGAAUCAUUUUGAAUAGUUUUUGAAGAAAAUUCUUAAAAUCUAUACACCUAUAACUCUUAAUUAUUCACUCCUCUGGAAAGUGGGUGACAGACCACUAAUAGCCCCAAGUGGUAGAUAAGGCUGAAUAUGUCUGUUUGGCGUUGGAUUUUUUUUUUUUUUUGAGAGGGCAGGCAGUAUGUGAAGCAGCUUUGAAGUUUGAUCCAUAGUCACGUCAUUAUGGGAGAGCAUAAGUACAUCUCAGACACAUGGAUAAAAUUGUUACUGAAUGAAAGGUUCCCUUGGACCUGGUCUGGCCACGUGUCUCACACUUGCUAUCUGGUGUGAUCCUUGUGUCCUGGCCGUGGCUUUUAACUCAAUGAGAUUCAUAUUCCUAGAAUGCAGGACCGGCCGUCUUGCUGACAUCCCUUCUUCCUACCCAUUCUGCCUGGGAGAGCAGGUGUGGAUGGAGCAGGUGGUAUGCCGUGGGCAUACCCCACGUUGACUGCUCCAAGGAACAGACCCAGAGGGAGAGGCAGGCUGACGGCAGUGUCCUCAGCAGCUGCCUGGGUAAAGGACAGGGAGGCCAGGCAGGCGAUUCCAAGGUGCUGGGAAGUUUCCAGGAGGAGAUAGGGCUGGGAAGAGUGAGCACCCCAGUGACUACAGUGCGGGGUCAUGGACUAACACCAGUUUAGGAAGUGUGGCCAGCCACAGGUUCACAUGGAAGGAAGGGGCUGGCUAAGGACACACAGGAGUGUGAAGAUGAUUGUAGGCAAGCGUCUGAUGUAUGUACAUAUGUAAACAAUACAAUUUGAACUCUUCAGAGACACCAUUUAUGUAAAAACAAAGAGGCUUAUUCAUUCCCUCAACUUACAUUGGAGAAUUGGUGGAUAUAUUUGGAAGUAAUAAUCCUGAAUUCCUUUGAAGUGAUUACAUGAUUUAGAGGGUUCUCGGGAAUUAGUACCUGAUGAGCCACAUAUCUGAGGCCUGGUGAGCCGGCAUGCGGGUUCUCUAGGACCAUUGUUUUCUUUCUUUAACCUCUUGCUAUUCUCCAGCUGUAACAUGAAAGCGAUAAUAGGGCUGUCUUCAUGCAUGUAAAGUAAAAUCUUGGAUUUGCUUUAAAUGAGAGACUCUGGAAGUGCCUGGGAAGAUGGAGCCAUCCAGCUGAGGAGAAUGUGACAUGUUACUGCACAGACAUCAGCCCUGGGCAGCCUCAGGCAUGGGGCUGGAAAACAGCUAGACAAGGUCCAGGGUCACUGCUAGCCCCAGGAUCCCCUGACCUCAACCAGGCUCUGUGGGCAAGCCAGAGAGCUCCAAAACGAUUGCCAAGAUGAUCCCCAAGGAGGCAAGCAAGACAUCUGAAGGAGGGCCAACUCUUGGUGAUUCUAAUUCUCAGGACCGUGCAAGAAGACUGCAAAGUAUUCUAUUAUUCCUUCAGAUUAAUUUGUUUGAAAUGACAGCAGAAAGCCUUCUGUUCUAUUAAAGACUGCAGGCCUAGAAAGAAAAUAUAUCCAUCACAUAUCUAAUUGUAUAAUCUACAUAUUGGGAAGCUAGUAAUUUAGUGGGAUGGGGUUCCCCUUAAAGAAAUUGUGACUGCUCACUUCCUUAUUUAAAAUAAUAAUAUAAUUGUUGACUAAGUGUAAGAAGUUAACCAUAAUAUCAUGAGUUUGUCUCUAACAAAUGUACUGGAACAUAUCCACACGAUAGGACCAACUAUUGAGAAGCCAGAUUAUCUUGACGGUGCUGGCCUUUCUCAGUGGGCAUUGAGAAACCUGAGGCCCUUCUUCAGGGAAAUUGUUUCAUUUUAAAACAAACCAACAAAAUCCCAAUAGUUGACAACCCUUUGGCACCCAGAAUAUCAUAUCUAUAACUUAGCUCUGUAUUACUAGUCCUUUUGACUAAUUAUAAAAAUCAUAUUCACGAAGAGAGAUUUUUUUUCACCAUUGAGGAUAUAUAAAGAACAUAAUGUUCGGUGCUUUAUUAGGUGAGAGUUUCUUUUCUUUCUUUUUUUGGUGAGACUUUUGACUGAAUAUCAAUCACUUGGAAUUUUAAAUACUAUCACCUUUCGUUUAUUUUUAUUAUGCUUUUCUGCAAGGUAAUGAAACAGUAGGUUGUAGAGGACAUCAUUAAGAGUGCUGUAUUCAUACCGUGGCCCUAGGAGAUCAAGCAGAGGCCCGAAUGUGGCAAGCUGAUCACAGAUUCCUCAUUCUGAAUUAAGUUCUGUCUACAAAAAGAAAAGUGCCCGUUUUGAAAUGCGGUCCAGUGGUAUGAAAUAAGAACUCAGGUUGACAGGCCCGUGGAGAAUUUCACCAGGUGCAGGAAGCAAUUUUUAAAGCAAGUAUUAAAACCACAGCCAAACUGAGAGAGCUGGUCUAUAGGCCUAGUUCAUUGAGGGGCAAACAGUCCUCUGCCUUACUGGCUUCGGAGACCACCCGUGAAUUCAAGCACAGAUCAGAACUCAUAUGGUGGAUGUGGAAUCAUUCCAAAAAGAUUCACUUAUGUUUUUGACACUCUAUUUUAAAAGGCAGGGAAGCGUUCUUAUAUCUAAAACAGAUUUCAAUCCAAAUUGUUAAAAAUGUAAAAGUUCACUUCUCAUUGGGAGGCCACGUUCAGAUAUGUGUUAAAUCAAUGUGUUUUGUACCACAGUUUUCCACUGAUGCCAGCUCUGGAAGGCAUCUCGGGACGUCUGAAGAGCAGAUACAGCCCUAUUUCUGGAUCAGAUGGCAAAGCACCUUCACAACCAUUCUCUUGCUGUGCUGUACUUAGACAUGCAAUCUGGGGGUCUCUAGAAUUCUAAGGUCUCCAAAACCAUACUUACAGGGACUCUCCAAAUUCGGGCCUCCCAAGCUCUUGAAAAGGAACAGAAAGUACCAUCCUUGUUCUGCCAUCUGGGGUCAGAACACCAAUUCAGUACCUUAAAAUUGUGUAAGAAAAGGCAAAAGCAAAUAUCAUGUAUAAAAUAGUUUAUUACCGUAAUAAAUAAAAUUAAACUUU